AUGUAAUGUGAAAUGGUUUGAUACAGUAAUGUUAUACUAUGUGAUUUUAGUGAAUUUAGUGAAUGUCACUUUUUGUCAUUUUCACAUUUUUCUGCCGUUCCGUCCCGACAUCGCAGGAGAUGGAACCCAGAAGACAGAUGCAGGCCUCCGCCAGAGGACAUUAUAGGGGACACUGCAGGAGGGACAUCGCGGGAGCGCAGGACAAGGUAAGAGAAGAACAGAUCGCAGAGCAGCGUCGCAUGGUAUUCCCGAGUGUAGCUCGGGGUUACUGUUUGUGCUACACUCGGGAAUACCUCCAGGGAGGUUAC